AUGGGCAUGAGUGACGCCAUGGACGAGAACGAGGCCGCUGAGUCGUCCACAUCAUCGGUGCGUCAAAGUUGGUCCGAAGGCGGAGAGACGGCGGCGCUGAUCCAUGCCGCGCUGGUUCUGCAUGCCGACGAUCCUGAUGCAAACUACUUUGCUCACGCCACACGCGUUGUUGUGGCCCGUGUGGCUGGCGGCGUCGAUACUGCGCUCGACAAUCGCGCACAAAGCGCUCUCGUUGGAGCCCUGGCUGCUGAUCCGGCCGCCCGCCCGCUAGUUGCUGGUGCCGCUGUGCGGAUGGCGCUCGCCCUCGUCCGCCAUACCGUCGCUAGCAAUGACGUAGCACGGGCUCUGGAAAAUGCUGUAGAUCGCCUUGUUGCUGAACAUGCUGCAGGUACUGCGUCGGCCUCGCUCCAGGUUGUGCUGCUUGAGGUCCUCGCCGCUGUAGUUGCUUGUCCCCGCCUCAUCAGCUCUGCACACGCGACGUUGGGCGAGCUGGCGGUAUGGAUGGAGGCCUCGGCCUCGGCAUAUGUUCGUCAUGCAGUGGCUGUGUGUUCGCUGGCGCUGGUGGCGCGGGAUGUGGCCGCAGGCGCAGUCGUCGCUCUUGCCCCGGUGCUCGUGCUACCGGUCUGGAUGAGGGCGCUGGCAAGCGGCGCUGAUGCCGGCACCCGAGCUGCCCGUGAAGCGCUCCUGGGCAGUCUGGCGCUGCGGACUGCACUGGCUGAUGAGGCAGCUGCUGCGCUAGUAGGCAAACGAGCAAGGGAGCAGCUGGCGCUGCUCGUCGCGCUCUCGCGCUGCGAGCUCGACGGCCUUGACGAGCUGGCAGUCGCGAUCGUCGGCGCGCUGGCCCUCGACACUGCAGCGGGCUUGCGAACGCUGGCUGCGUCAGCGCCGCGAGUCCUCACAGCUGCAGUCCGGGUGACCGGCGCUUGCGGUGGCGAGGCAGCAGUGGCGGCGCUGGCAUCGCAUGUCACAGCCGAACGCGAUGUCGCCUUAGCCAUGCUCGAUGCGGGGGCGGCCGGGGUCAUGGUGCUGGGCACAGACGCGGCUGGCGCCGUCCUGGCAGACGCACUGGCCAUCGGUGUCCAAUCAUCCGGUAACCGCUUGGUGGCGGCUGCCGAGCUAGGCGCGAUGCUAGCCGAAAGAGGCGUUGAUGUUGCUGCUGCUGCGUGCAGCUUGCUUGAAGCUGUCCGCGAGCAUGUCGUUGUUGUUGCCUCGCUCCGCCCGGCGAGGGUGGCGGCGCUGUAUGCUACGCUUGGCGCCAUGGCGGCAUCAUCUGGCACCAACGCCGCAGUUGUUGGUAACGCUGCCGUCCUUGCCCUCUCAUCGCCGCGAUGGGAGGCGCGCGAUGGCGGGUUGGCGUUGGUAGCCCGGGUUGCAUCGCCAGAGCUUGCAAGCUGGAACGACGGCAUCGUAGCCGCGCUUGUCCGCGCACGACUUGAUGAUGACGACGGCUACGUCCGCGCUGCAGCAAUCCACACCGCCGCUGCACUGUGGCGGGCUGCGCCAGAACAGGCAAGCCACCUCAUCGGCAACGUCCUGCACGUCGCCGCCGCUGAUGGUGAUGACGGCGUGCGCCUCGCCGGCUGGCAGGUCCUCGACUGCACCGCGCUGGUGGCGAUGGAGCCGACCACCCACAGCGAGUAUGCGGCCGCGCUGCUAGCAGCAGCCGACGGCGGCGGUGGCGACUGGGAGACUCGCGCCCAGGCACUGCGAGUCCUGGACGCGCUGGUCCGGCACCCCGAGCACACCAGCUGGGCCAUCGAGCACCUCUGUCCGCGCCUCGGCGAGAUGGCGGCGAAGCUCCUCGCUGGCGUCCGCGACGAAGUCCGACUGGUCGCUUCUGAGAUCAUCACCCUCGCAGAGAAUCUGUUUGGUGACGAAGGUGCCGCUGUGCCGAGCAUCCGUGUCGCUGUGGCAGCUCACAGCGACUGCCUCUCAGCCACCGAUCUUACCAGCCUCCGCAAGGCCACCACCCAAGUGGAUGCGGUGUACUCGGACCUCGAUGCGCUCCUUGCACCUUACGAUGGCCAUGAUCUCGAAUGUUUUUGAGCGGCAGCCAAGAACUAGUCGUGAUCCCCUCUUAAACCCCCAAAAUGGCCC